CUCUACCGUUUUCGUGCGCCUUUGAAACAUAUCUGCAAAACCAGCAAAGCAAUCACAGUGAAGUAGAAGAUGGCGAAGAAGAAAGAUAAGAGGGUGAACGUGUCGGGCAAAACGAAGCAUUCCCUUGACGCCAACCGCAAGGAUGGGAGCAGCGUCAAUUCCCGUAGCGCCGCCACCGUGCGCCGCCUCAAGAUGUACAAUACAAAGCCUAAGCGUGACAGCAAGGGCAAGGUCCUCAAAAACGAUUUCCAGUCCCAUGACCUCCCCAACACGCGUAUCCUGCCAGAUCGCGGAUGGUUCGAGAAUACACAGGUUUUGAAUCAGAAAGAGCUUGAAGUUUUCCGUGAAGAGCUCCAAAGCCGGAUGUCAAAUAACUAUAAUGUUAUUUUGAAGGAAAGAAAACUGCCUUUGUCCCUCUUAAAUGAUCACCAGAAGCAAGUCCGAGUUCAUCUUCUUGAUAGAGAGCCUUUUGAGGAUGCAUUUGGAUCUAAGACAAAGAGAAAGCGCCCAAAGCUAUUGGCAGCUGACUAUGAAUAUUUAGUUAAAAAGGCCAGUACUUCUCAAGAUGCUUUCGAACAGAAGAAUGAUGCUAAUGCAUCUGUUGGGACAAGUGUGGGUGAUGGAUUUAGGGACCCUAUCCGGCAUACAAUGUUUGAGAAGGGCCAGAGUAAACGUUUAUGGGGAGAACUCUACAGGGUGAUAGACUCGUCAGAUGUUGUUGUCCAGGUUCUGGAUGCUAGAGAUCCACAAGGCACAAGAUGUUAUCACUUAGAGAAGCAUCUGAAAGAGCAUUGCAAGCAGAAGCACAUGAUUCUUCUGUUAAACAAGUGUGAUCUCAUUCCUGCUUGGGCUACAAAAGGAUGGCUUAGAGUAUUAUCCAGAAAAUAUCCAACUUUGGCUUUCCAUGCAAGCAUCAACAAGUCAUUUGGCAAGGGUUCUCUUUUAUCAGUGUUGAGACAAUUUGCCCGUUUGAAAAGUGACAAGCAAGCAAUAUCUGUGGGAUUUGUGGGCUAUCCAAAUGUUGGAAAGUCAUCAGUCAUCAACACAUUGCGUACAAAGAAUGUUUGCAAGGUUGCACCUAUACCAGGGGAAACGAAGGUGUGGCAAUAUAUAACACUCACCAAAAGGAUAUUCUUGAUUGAUUGUCCUGGGGUUGUCUACCAGAACACCGACACAGAAACAGAUAUUGUACUGAAGGGCGUGGUACGUGUGACAAAUUUAGAGGAUGCUGCGGAGCAUAUAGGAGAGGUAUUGAAACGUGUUAAAAAGGAGCACCUAGAGAGAGCAUAUAAGAUAAAGGAUUGGGAGGAUGACAAUGACUUCCUAACACAAUUGUGCAAGUUAACAGGCAAGCUUUUGAAGGGUGGUGAGCCCGAUUUAGUGACCGCAGCAAAGAUGGUUCUUCAUGACUGGCAGAGGGGUAGGAUACCCUUCUUUGUACCUCCUCCACAACAAGAAGAGGAUUCAUCAGAGGAACCCAGUGUGAGUGGAAUAAAUACAGAGGCUGUUGGGGAUGGUAAUCAGGCGGCUGCGGCUUUUACAGCCAUUGCAAAUGUCAUUUCAUCACAGCAGCAAAGUAGUGUACCAGUUCGAAAGGAUCUUUUUGAUGAUAAUGAUCUAAAGGAGGAGGAGACAGCUGACCAGUCUUCAUCUUCUGAUGAUGAAGAUGAAGACGAAAAUGACCAGAUUUCCUCUACUGAUAAUGAGAAAGAUGACCAGCUUUAAUCUACUGAUGAUGUGAAAGAUGAUCAGGUUCCAGUAACUGAGGACGAUUAAGAAAACCAAUUGCUAGUAACCGAGUCAUAAAUUUUGAUACACACACUUUGCUGUAACUUGCCCUGUUUUCUCUUCUUGUCCUUCUUGUUUUUGAUGUUCUAAGUUGUAAAACCAUUAUUGACAAUUUUGGAUCAAUCAAGGGAAAGACGCCAGCAUACAUUGAUUGGGACCUCUGCAGGUGAAUUGUGACAGAAAGUAGGCUGCAGUCUUAAA